UAUAGGUGGAGCGGGUUUCUAGUGAAGCAGAUCAAAGAGCUGCACGUAAGAUAUUUUACGCAAGGUCGUGUCCCCAGCUGCGGUCUGGAGGUCCCUCAUUUCGGGGCAAAAUGAUGUCCAUAGCCGCUCGCCCCGGGGUGCUGUCCCCGUACAUGCAGGCUACAAAACACAUAGUUAAAAGGCUGGUGUCCCCUGGAGCCAAGGACGCGGUGUCUGCUUCUGCUGCUGGGGGAAUCCGCCUCAGCCACACAGACAUCAAGAUUCCUGACUUCUCAGACUACCGUCGCCCCGAGGUCGUCGACCCCAACAAGUCCUCCCAGGACAGCAGUGAAUCAAGAAGGGCGUUCUCCUACCUCGUCACUGGAGCGACCACUGUAGUCGGUGUGUAUGCAGCCAAGACAGUGGUCACCCAGUUCGUCUCCUCGAUGAGUGCAUCGGCAGACGUCCUGGCCUUGUCCAAGAUUGAGAUCAAGCUCAGCGACAUCCCUGAAGGCAAGAACAUGACCUUCAAGUGGAGAGGAAAGCCCCUGUUUGUCCGUCACCGCACAGAGAAGGAAAUCGCCACAGAGGCGGCUGUAAAUAUCGCAGAGCUGCGUGACCCCGAGCAUGACAAGGAUAGAGUGCUUAACCCCAGCUGGGUCAUCGUCCUUGGUGUGUGUACCCAUCUGGGUUGUGUGCCCAUCGCCAACGCCGGAGACUACGGAGGCUACUACUGUCCUUGCCAUGGCUCUCACUACGAUGCUUCAGGAAGAAUAAGAAAGGGACCUGCUCCUCUUAACCUGGAGGUUCCUUUCUAUGAAUUCCCCGAUGAGGACACAGUUGUGGUGGGAUGAAUACUGGAGCGCUGUCUCAGUUCCUCUCUGUAAUAUAUAUAUUUUAGAUGAUAGAUAACUCUGAGAGUUGGUGGUGUGUAUUUACUAAUAAAGACAUAUUUCCAACUAUA